CCGCCCUUAGCGGCGGCGGAGCCCGGUGCUGCGGCCCCCGGCGCGCCGCCUCCCGGCCCGGCUCGGCCCGGCACGGCCCGGGAUGGGCUCCGCGCACUCGGUGCCCGCAGAGAUGCGGGCGCUGGCCGACAGGACCGGCUUCACCUCGGAGCAGAUCGAGCACCUGCACCGGCGAUUCAGGCAGCUGAGCCGGGACCAGCUGACAAUCCGCAAGGAGAACUUCGACAGCAUCCCCGACCUGGAGUUCAAUCCCAUCAGGGCCAAAAUCGUCCAUGCCUUUUUUGACAAGCGGAACCUGCGGCAGGAGUCAUCAGGGCUGGCGGAUGAGAUAAACUUCGAGGACUUCCUGACCAUCAUGUCCUACUUCAGACCCAUUGAGAUGAACAUGGACGAGGAGCAGCUGGAUCGCUUCCGGAAGGAGAAACUCAAAUUCCUCUUCCACAUGUACGACUCAGACCAUGACGGGAAGAUCACGCUGCAGGAGUACCGAAAUGUGGUGGAGGAACUGCUGUCCGGGAACCCCCACCUGGAGAAGGAGUCGGCGCGCUCCAUCGCUGACGGGGCCAUGAUGGAGGCAGCCAGCAUCUGCGUGGGACAAAUGGGCCCGGACCAGGUGUACGAGGGCAUCACCUUCGAAGACUUCCUGAAGAUGUGGCAGGGGAUCGACAUCGAGACAAAGAUGCACGUCCGCUUCCUCAACAUGGAGACCAUCGCGCACUGCUACUGACCCCUGAGGGGCAGGAGGAGGAGGAGGAGGAGGAAGAGGAGGACAAGGACGAGGAAGGGGAGGAGGAGGACGAAGCCUCCACAGCAGCACCGAGCAUGGUGCAGCCGCCUGCGUGCCUGUCCCGAGCGGGGCUGCGUUCUGCUCUCUAGAAACAUAAGAGGCUUUUAUCUGUAAUAAAAGAUAUUUCUCUUUUUA